AUGAUCAAUGACACUAACCAGCUCUCCAAUUCAGCUCGCAAGCUGGGCGCAAAGGCCAAGAAGGGCGGAUCCGAUGAGGAACCGUCCGCUCUUAAGCUCCAAGAGGCCCCUCCCAGGGCGCGCUCCCAACCCCCCAAGCUCAAGGAAACCUACGCUUCCGAGGAGAUCAUGCGCGGUAGAACGCUCACUCGCGAGACCGACGAGGCCCGUGACUUUCCCUCGUUUGAGGUGACCAGCGGCCCUUUCCCGGCGCGCUUAAUCAGUGAUGGCGAAGGUACUGAGCAUCGCAUUGAGCGAGCCGGCGACGUCAUGGUCGCCGCUCGUCGCUCUGUCUAG